CUCAUAUUACCCCUAACUUACCCUAUAAACACUCCCAACAGACAAACCUCGUUCAAAAGGCCGCCCUAUCGGACGGACAUGAUACUCCAAACAAGCAACUCCCCGUAUCAAAGAUCCCGCCGUUGUCCUCCAUUUGUUUCCGAUUCAUCCCAAAAUGCCUCGACCUGACUCGCUGCUGUGGUUUGCCUUGAAGGGCGACAUCCGUUGCGCGAUACCCGUUGGGAUUCUCGUUCUGGGCUCUGAAUCUUAUUCCGGUUCACAAAGACCUUGAAUCCACAUGGCCGUCCUUGACAGGAUGGGUUCUGUGAAACGGGUUCGGUGUUGAAGGUCUCGAACAUGUUCUUGGUAUCGACUUGAGAUUGCGUGGAUGUGAUUCAGAGAUAAAGCUCUUCAACUUCCCCUCGAUCUUGAGUAACUUCUUCAAACAACUCACACCAUCAACUAUGGAGCUACCAAGAGCUUUACUCACGCUAUUUCUUCAGUUCAUUCUCUUGCCUCUAGUAACAGCUCUACCACCUCCCUUGAACCCUCGAGAUGAUGAAGUCUUUGCUCCAAAAGUCAUGAUCAUCUCAAUGUGGUCACCCGAAGCUCAGAUCUGGCACGAUCGCCUCCCCGACUCAAAGCUAGGCAACCUCUCCUCCAAAACCAUUCACUCCCCUGGCCUCUCCAUGCUCUUCCCCUGCGCCACCUGCACCGAAGAUGGAAGUAUCUGCCAUCUCACCAUCGGCGAGGGGGAGAUCAACUCCGCCGCGUCACUCAUGGCUCUCAUGCUAUCACCAAAGUUUGACUUUCGCCAUACCUACUUCCUCAUCGCUGGUAUAGCUGGGGUGAAUCCCAAGUAUGGUACUCUUGGUUCAGUUGCUAUUGCUCGUUAUGCAGUCCAAGUUGCUUUGCAGUAUGAGAUUGAUGUACGGUCUCUUCCUCCAGACUGGCCAACUGGUUACAUCUCAUAUGGUCGUGACCAGCCUUACCAACAGCCCUUUAUCACGUAUGGCACUGAAGUGUUUGAACUCAACGCUCAACUUCAAGAUACUGCAUAUAAACUCGCUUCAAAGGCUCAGCUGGAAGAUGCGAAUGGCCCAAAGGAGUACCGUGCACUUUACCGCCGAAUGGGCGAGUCCUAUAAAAGUGCCUCCCAACCUCCAUCUGUCAUCAAGUGCGACUCUGCUACGAGUGAUGUAUACUACUCUGGUAGCAGACUCUCUGAGUCUUUCGAGAACACUACAAAAGUGUGGACGAACGGCACUGGUAUCUACUGCAUGAGCGCUCAGGAGGAUAAUGCAAUCUUGGAAGUCCUCGUCAGAGCAGCGAUAGCAAAGAUCUGCGACUUCUCAAGAAUCAUGAUCUAUAGAACAGGUUCCAACUUUGAUCGUCCUCCUCCUGACUACACCGACCUAGACCAUCUCACUGCAGCCCAACAAAACGGCUUCUCAAUCGCCAUCGCCAACAUCUUCAACGCCGGCAUUGAGAUCGUCAAAGGCAUAACUGAAGAUUGGGACACCACGUUCAAAGAUGGCAUCAGAGCAGAGAACUACAUUGGAGACAUCUUUGGCAGUCUCGGUGGCGAGCCUGACUUCGGCUUUGGAAGUUUGACUCGUGGCGAGCGCAUUGCGCCAGAUAGUAAAGGCAGUGAGUUAGCGAAUAGGGAGAUGGAUAGACGGAGGAUCCUGACGCAGAAACCAUUGAGAAAGAUUUAGAGACUAGUGAAGGGAGUGGCAGUUUGGGUUGUAUCAUUUAGUGUCGAUUAUCUUGGGAGAGCGUAUGGUAUCAUGGCGAG